AUGCACCUUGCGGAGCAUGUCUUGACAACAUUCGACCAGAUCGUGAAUUGGGCUCGGCAGAGCUCAAUGUGGCCACUUAGCUUUGGGCUUGCCUGCUGUGCCCUCGAGAUGAUGCAAGUCUCCAUGCCUCGGUACGAUCAGGACCGCUUGGGUAUUAUUUUCCGUGCUUCUCCCCGCCAGUCCGACGUCAUGGUUGUGGCGGGCACGGUCACUAAUAAGAUGGCGCCGGCUCUCCGUCAGUGCUAUGACCAGAUGCCUGAUCCGAAGUGGGUUAUUAGUAUGGGGAGCUGUGCGAAUGGGGGUGGAUACUAUCAUUAUAGCUACAGUGUUGUUAGAGGUGUUGACCGUGUCGUUCCCGUGGAUAUCUACAUCCCGGGAUGUCCCCCAACUCCAGAGGCGUUCCUAUAUGGUAUCUUCCAGUUGCAAAAGAAGAUUCAAAGGACCAAAGUCACUCGAAUGUGGUAUAGGAGGUAG